AUGGAUUUGUUUUCCCUUGGUGGUCUAGGAGUGGGGUUUGCAACAAGACAGGUGGGAAAUGUGACUAAACCUACUGUGAUUAUCAGCAGCGAGGGGGACAAAGUAGUGAUCAAGACUCAAAGCACUUUCAAAAACACAGAAAUCAGCUUUAAGCUUGGAGAGGAAUUUGAUGAAACUACCCCCGAUGACAGAAACUGCAAAUCAGUUGUGACCCUGGAUGGAGACAAGCUAGUGCACGUACAGAAGUGGGAUGGCAAAGAGACAAACUUUGUGAGAGAAAUAAAGGAUGGCAAAAUGGUGAUGACUCUCACCUUUGGUGAUGUGGUUGCUGUUCGCCACUAUGAGAAAGCGUAGAUGUCCAGAUGUUACUUCUGCUGGGUGGAUUAAUGUACUGUCCAUAAUUGAACGUAGAUAAAAUGCACAUUUCUGGCAUGAAAGAUUAAUAAAGAGUUUGGGAAUGUGUUGGUUUUUUUAAAAAAAACUUUAUGCCAUCAAGUUGGCAAACUUGUGCUGUAUAGUGAAACAGGUUAAAGUUGGCAUUAAAUUUCUGAAAAGCUUGGCUCUCUUUUUUACGGUAAAUAACAUAUUUGAAUUGUUUUGGAAUGCAGAUCAAACAGAAAUUAAAAAGUUUUUUAAGCCUGUGA